GGUUCCGGUCCGGGCAGGUUCCGGUGUCCGGGGGGUUCCGGUCAGGGCAGGUUCCGGUGGGGUCAGUGUUGAAUGUGAAGAUGGCGGCGGCGCUGGGACUCGGGGUCCGCGGUUUGCGGCAGGUGUUGAUAGUGAGGUCGGGGUUUCAAGCAGUGUCUCUCACCACCAAGGCUACAGCUCCACAAAAGAAGAAGAAAGUUAAGGGAGCUGAGGCUGCUGAGGUCUUGAGCAGAGAUUCCCACAUUCAGUCGGCCGAGAUAACUAGCACAGAGCGAGCAAACCUCUUAGCCAAGAAAACAGUGCUGCUCUUUCCCAAGAAAACUCCUGACUCCUUAUUGGGAGAGGCACUCAACUCCACAACCAGCGCUGCAGGAGGUGAUGUGUGGUCGCCAGCAGCCAGUGCAGAACCUGUGGCUGAGAAAUCAGCUGCUGAGGAAGUGUCCAGCCCUAGCUCUGACUCCAGCUCUGACUCCAGCUCCGACUCCAGCUCUGACUCUGAUGAAGAAACCAUGACUGAAGAAGCUAUAAAGACACCAGCUGAAUUUUCGAAGCCAGAUUCUGUACUGAGUGGUGCUGACUGGACAAGGGAAAGGGCAGACGGGGACCGAGGAAGACUGGUUACAGAGCCAAAGGAAUUAUCUGGAGCUGCCAAAGUCCCAGUCUCCAAAGAUUCGACUUGCACGGAGCUGAGUAAAGGGAAAGGGAGAGAGACACGAGCUGCACAGGGAAGCCAGGACUUACCAAGCAGUGCUGUCUGUGAUAGGGCUGAAGCUACAGUAACAGCACCAGAAGCAAGCGUCCCACCAAGAAACACUUUAACAACUCAAGAAACAACAGCAAGUAGCCCACCAAGAGAACUGGCCCUCUCAGCACAGGGGGAGAGUCAAUCACCACAAUAUAAUUCAGCUGCAGAGACAACUCCAGAAUCUAUUGAGUCAGCUUCAGCUGAGACACUGCACGAGUCAGUGGGAAAGCCUGUGGAGGAGCCUGACAAGGAAGUAUUGGACACUUCCACUUACAAGAACACCCAGCACCAUGAUUACAACCCACUAACCUUCAUAGACAUGGAUGUGGACAUGGCAAAGUACAGAUUACCUCAGCCCUCCUCAGGAAGAAUAACCCCUCGUCACUAAGUCUUUGCAUACUGUGUUCUUCUGAAGCCUCAGUACCCUACAGCAUGUCCAGAACCUGAGAUGGAGCUAACCAUAAAUAAAAAACAAAUCUCAUCUUCA